GUAACUCUGGAAGCUUCUCGAGGGGUGACGAUACUGAAUAUCGGAGAUAAAUUUCCAAAUCGUUCGCAGGUUCGAUUCAACGAUAAUUUCAGGCAGUUGGAAGAAUUUUCAGUGAAAGAAAGAGAGAGAUAUUAGCAUGGCGAUCGGGGAAGAUGUGGCGCUGGACCUGGAAGAAUUAAGGCAGCUUCAAAGCAUCGCGAAGAGGCCUCGCGUUGUUUCUCUUAUUUCGUCCGAGAUUCGCAAUUUGGAAAAGUUGUCAAGUGAAGCUGCUUCUGCACCAUCUCUGGAAUCAUCGGCUCCAGUUUCAAGCGUUAAUAAGCCAACUCCAAUAUCAAGUGCACCAAAGACUGCACCCGAUCCAACGUUAAAUUAUUCUACCCUAAGUUCCUUCAGCUGGGACCAGGAUAACGAUCAAUUGAAGAUUUAUAUAUCAUUGGAGGGGGUUGAUCAAGAGAAGGUAGAAGCUGACUUCAAGCCUAUGUCCUUCGAUGUCAAAUUCCAUGAUGUUCAAGGAAAGAACUACCGGUGUGCUAUACCUAAGUUGAGCAAGGAGAUCUUACCCGAAAAAUGCAAGUUGAUUGUGAAGCCUAAAAGGGUGGUUGUAACCUUAGUCAAAGCUUCCAAGGGAAAUUGGUUGGAUUUACACUUCAAAGAAGAUAAGUUGAAGCCAAAUUUGGACAAAGAGAAGGAUCCAAUGGCUGGGAUUAUGGACCUAAUGAAGAAUAUGUACGAGGAAGGCGAUGAUGAGAUGAAGAAAACAAUUGCCAAGGCAUGGUCUGAUGCGCGAUCGGGCAAAGCAGCUGAGCCCAUGAAAGGUUUUCGCUGAAGGUUAAGUUAAGUAGUCUGUCUCCCCUUGCUACACAACAGUCUAGCUGGAUUAUGUGUUUGGUUAUGUAUUCUUGGCGUUCUUCCCCUGAGGAGGAGUGUUUCAUGUCUGAUUUAAGUUUAUUUACUACCAGCCUUGUAUUUUGUGACUUUUGUCUCCGGGGAUAAAUAUUUUGGUUUAA